AUGCAUUACUUUCGUGGACAUGAUGAGACGGAAAAGUCUAAUAAUAAAGGACUUUUUAUUGAAGUCUUAUCUUUGAUUAGAGAAGAUAAUGAGAAGAUUUUUAAAGUUACUUUAGAAAAUUCUCCAAAAAAUGAAAAGUUGACUUCUCCGACGAUUCAAAAAGAUAUUUUGAUGAGUCUAGUGAUGUUUCUAGAAAAACAAAUGGCUAUAGUUUUGAGAUAUGUUGAUAAACUUGGGAUUGUAAAGGAAAGAUUUAUCGGUGUUGUUCACGUGUUGGAUACAUCCUCUUUGUCUCUUAAAGCCGCCAUUGAUACCGUUAGGGGGCAAGGUUAUGAUGGAGCAAGUAAUAUGAGUGGUGCAUUCAACGGUUUGAAAUCUUUGAUUUUAAAUGAAAAUAGUUUUGCACAUUAUAUACAUUGUUUUGCACACCAACUUCAAUUAGUGGUUGUGACGGUUGCAAAGAAACAUGAUGAUGUUGAUGAAUUCUUUGAACAAUUAGGAAGAGGGUUGAAUCAAGAGAUUUCUCUUAUUCGAGCUGGAGAUACUAGAUGGGAUUCACAUUUUAUAACAAUUGUAAGUUUGUUGAAUUUGUUUGCAGAAGUUGUUGCAGUCCUUAAAUAUGUCAAAGAUGAGAGGUCCACUUUAUCUAACCGUAAUCAAGCAAAGAGUAUUUUGUCAUAUUUCAAAACACUUGAUUUCGUAUUUCUUACACUUGAUGUUGGAAAAUCUAUGCCUUACCGAUACUUUGUCAAAGCAUCUUCAAAAAAAAGAUCAAGAUAUUUUGGAAGCGGCUUCGUUAGUAAAAGGGACAAAGAAAGCAUUCAUAAUAUUAGAAUUGUGGACAUGUCAGAAUAUUAUGUUACCCCACGAAAGCGUAGGACCAAUAAGACUAAUCAACAUCAUUUUGAAGUUGUGAUUUUUAACACGGUUUUAGAUAUGCAAAUUCAAGAAUUUGGGGAUAGAUUUAGUGAAGUUGGCACGGAUUUGAUAGAGAACAUGGCGGCUUUGAGCCCUUGUGACUCAUUUUCUAGUUUUGAUAAAGCAAAAUUGUUAAAGUUAAGCGAAAUAUACAAAAACGAUUUUAACGAUUCAGAAAGAGCGCAGCUUAAUGGGCAACUUGAUAUCUAUUAUCACUCUUUGCUCGAUGAUGAGAAAUUUUUCAAUUUGAAGGGAAUUGCAGACCUCUCUCGUUUGUUGGUGGAAAUUGGGAAACACCUCUCUUUUCCAUUGGUUUAUAGAUUAUUAAAACUAACUUUGGUUUUGCCCGUUGCAACUGCAACCGUUGAACGGUGUUUUUCUGCAAUGAAGUUUUGA